AUGCAGACGAAUUUUCAACUGGCAUCAGUGCAUGGCAUGCUGUACACGGGCGGCAACGUUGCAUUUUCUCCGGACGGUCGCCAGUUGUACUCACCCGUCAACAAUUACAUUUCGAGCAUUCAGGUUCAGCAGGAAGGGCAUCGCUCACUCUCGUGUAGUAACAGCACUAUUCAGUGUUUUGACCUCUCGCAGGAUGGUGAUCUGCUGAUUGCAGUUGGGCGGCGCGGGGUCGGCUUCUUCUACGCUAUUUCCGCCGGGGUGGUGCUUGAUACCAUCGCGUUUCCACCUGACUGCGAGGUCCGCUGCGUCAAGUUUAGCCCGUGCGGCAAGUAUGUUGCGCUUGCCCUUGAAAAUACUCUUCAAGUGUACACCGCCCCGGCUCAGCGCGUUGUGGCCUAUCAUGCAUGUCAUCGGGUGGAGAACCUCCAUGCGGCGUUGACGUUGCCCAUUAUGAACAUUGAAUGGACACCGGACAGUGAACAUCUGCUACUGAGCGGACAAGAUGCUCGCAUGAAGAUUUACCCUCGCCAAGGGAAUGUGCAGCGUAAGGGGAUGGCCAUACAACAGAACGCAUUGGUAGGCCACCGCGCCGGCGUUUAUGGUGCCUGGUUUAUUGAUGACGCCUGCUGCCGUGUUGUAAGUGUCUCCGCAGAUAACGUGAUUAUCACAUGGAAGCGUACACCCGUAACACGUGGAGAGGUGCUGCAAGCUGUUGCCGCUGCGCAGCUGAAGGCGCGUGUAGGAGCGCAAACAGAUGAAACCACUGAAGAGAAUGCAGAUGAUGAUGAUGAUGAGGCGGGUCGUGUUCCAAAAUCGUUCCUAGAAAAGCGGCGACUAGAGCAGUUGAAGCUUGAAGGUGUGCGUGUCUCCGUUGCCGAUGACACGUACCUCCCAGACAUCCUCCGCUGUGCAUAUGAGAUAGACAAGAAACAUCUAUUAACCCAUAAAGGUAAUGUUUCUGUCACCUGUUUUCAUCAGCGUCGUGGUCUUGUGGCGAUUGGCUACAACUCUGGUAUCUUUGCCAUUCACUCCUUGGCCGCGGUCGAUGAGGCGGAACUCACGCUUGUGCACCUACUCUCCAUCUCCGCACAGUCACUCACAGCCGCGGUCUUUAGCCCAAGUGGUGACUUUGUUGCCUUUGGAAGUGCUCAUUUAAAACAACUUCUUCUGUGGGACUGGAAAUCUGAGGCGUACGUCCUUAAGGAUCAGGGGCACUACUACGAUAUCUCUCGAACUGCCAUUACGGCAGAUUCUAGCAGCAUCAUUUCGGGCGGUGACGACGGCAAAGUAAAAGUAUGGAAGGUGUCCUCCGGUCAAUGUUAUGUAACUUUUACCGAGCACACAGCACCAGUAACAGGCAUAGCAACAUGUGCGGCUACAAAUGCCUUUUUUACUUGCAGUCGGGACGGCACAGCAAGGGGCUACGAUCUUGUACGAUACCGUCACUUUCGUGUCUAUACGGCACCCGAACAGACGCAGCUCUCUUGCAUUGCCGUUGAUCCAUCUGGAGAAGUUCUGGCAGUAGGUAGCGGGCAAACGGAUCGCAUCUUUCUUUUUGCAGUGCAAACAGGGAAAUUGAUCGAUCAGCUGCAGGGUCAUGAGGCGCCUAUUGCGUGUCUGGCAUUUCAUCCCUCUGGUACCGCUCUCGUUUCUGGUUCGCUUGAUCAUAAUCUUGUCUUUUGGGAUCUCUUCACCCGCGGCGAUGGCGGGGACCGCUUGAAGGGUGAUGCGGAGGUGGUGGACAUUGGCUCUGAGGUGGUUAGUGUUGCAUUUAGCAACAGUGGUCGCCGUCUGGCGGUGCUGACAAUGAAACAGGAAAUAUCUGUGUACGAGACAGUAGUGCCAACAGAGCCGAUUAUAAUAAAAACGUUCCAGACGAGUUUUGACGCCGCUGGUGGGUGGAACAAGACGGUGGGCCCACGUAGUGCGAACUACAAUGCCCGCUUCAACGUCAUUGCCUUUUCUCCGGAGGGUGAGAAGAUUGUUGCCGGUGGGGACUCCAAGUGGAUUGUGAUGUACCACGCCACCCAGGGUUACAUGCUGAAGAAGUGGCCUGUCACGACGAACCAGGAUGUUCAGGGGGCGGAGGAGCAAUACCAGUGGCGGCAGAUAACGGAGGCCGGGCACGUCGACAAUAUCGAUGUGGACGACACCGACAUUCACUUGCGCCGUGGGAAAGUACUGGAAAUGCCUGGAAGCCGGCACCGCCACUUUGCGACAGGAAAGCGUCAAACCGCUCUUACGGCACGCACGGUGGACUUGGCGUUUGCGUGCACAGGGACAGAAUUUGUGGCGGCCACCACCGACGGGCUGCUGGUGUUUUCUACUCGCGUUGCACGCCCCAAGUUCCAGCCGUUGCAACUCAGAGCCAACAUCACAACGCAACAGGUUCGUGAUCAAUUAGACAACGGUGAGCCUGUCAUGGCCCUGAUGAGUGCAUUGAACCUUGGAGACAGAAUGCUUGGCGUUGAGUGCUUGAGGCGGAUGCCGCGGGAGGCCAUUCCAGUUGUGGUCUCGUCCGUCCCCUCCGUACUCUUUUCUCUGCUGGUGCAGUGGGUGAGCAGAGAGGUGGAGGAGAGCCGGGGUCUCGAACAGGCGUUACUCUGGGCGCAAUCACUCAUGCUGCACUCAAACGAGUGUGCAGGCGGUUUUGCGCAGGAUAAUGGUCCCGUUAUCUCCGCGCUGAAGGUCCUACAGCGUGGACUGCACCAGCACCGGCCAUUGACGGAGCUGGCAAACGAGAACUACUUCUCUCUGCGUUACAUCAUUGAUAUGACAAGAAUGCAGAAGGACACUCUGCAACCCGCUGCUAGUGCCGAAUAA